AUGACUGAAGCAUCUGAUGCUAGUGCUAGCCAAGCACCACCGUCAGUUUCUUCUGUUAGAAAUGCAAGAAGAAAAGAAUUAAGAGACUUGAACUCAGAAGUAUGGGAUGGAGCUCAGGAUGUUUUUCCUACUGCUAAGAAUUUGGAUUCUACUCUUAGAAAGAAUACUGCCUUUAUCAAAAAGUGUCGUGUUAACCUUGCUGAAGAUUCUCAAGCAGCCCUAUUAAAUGAUGUUAGAACUGUUUCUUUGGAGAAGUAUCUUUCAGAAAUUAUAGGCGCCAUUUGCGAAGGAUUUACGAAAGCCAAGUCUUCUGCAGAUAUCUUCGCAGGAGUGGAAGUAGCCUCAGCUCUGCACCAAAGAUUCAGUACACAAAUUUCGCCUCAACUUUUAGCAUUCUUUUUCCAAGGUAUAUCAAAUCCAUCAAAAUCACACCUAGAUUCCCUAGCUCCGGAUGCCAGACUAAGAGAGGAUCAGAGUAGAAUUGACCGUCACAAGAUUGUAUUGCGGGUGUUGAUUGAGUUGUGGUUAGUCAAUGUAUUCCGGUUUACAUCCGAUGUAACUCAGGCCGGACUGGAGGUCCCACAAUGGGCACUCCGAAGAACAGAAAACGGCGUGACCAUGCCUCCACCACUUAGUGCAUUGCAGGAAGUGUUGAAUCACGAUAUGGUUGAUUUUUCAGGCGCGUCCAUCGCCGUAGUAAUUUUAAAAAACUAUGGACAGACUCUUGCCGGAGUUUCUAAACCAAAGGCUGGACCUGAGGCAAGUGGCAUGGUUGAAGCAACAAAGGCAGUGACGACGGAAAAGUCACCUUUAGUUAUGCCGGAUAUACAACAGUUAUUCUUGUCUACCUUUAAAAAUUAUACCAAGUCGAUGCAAUCUAAACUUCAAGAGCUUGCUCAACAAGCCAGAAAAAUGGAGAAGCAAAAUGGCGACGCCUAUAUUCGUACUGGUAAGAUACUUGAUGAUAGAAGAGCUGGCCUUGAAAACUUGUUAAGCAAAUUCCAAUCUUUGCAUGACCUUUGCACCACCCUUUCUGAGUAUUUGGGAAUGACUAUGCCAGAAUAUAAAGUGUCAAAUGAAACUCAAGAUGAAGUUAUGAUCAGUUUGGCAAAUGCACUGGAUGGUGACGAUGCGGGAUUAUGGGAUGAUAGCGAACAAAAAAAAUUUUAUGAAGAUUUGGUUGACUUGACGUAUUUGGCGAAUACCGAUGAGAAUGAGAAUGACCAGAAAGAAGAAGGAAAUAGUACCGAAGGAAAUGGCGCUAAGUCAGAAGAUUCAGAUUUGGAUUCGUCGAAUAGAAGCACAAACGAUGAACUAGAUGAAAAAGACAAGCAACUUAUGAAUGAACUAGAUGACAUAAUGAGUGCAUCUCAAAAAACAGGGAAUCUUAAUGAUAAUGAAAUCGAAAAUUCUGGUGAUGAUCCAGAAUUUGAAGAUUUCGCUGGUGAACAGAAUGGUGAAGAUGUAAGUGGAGGAGAGCCGACAGCUGGAACGCGUAUUUCCGAACUGUUGACUUCAUUAUCUACGCAACAGUCUCGUAGUAAUGUGGAUAAUAUGGCUAUAGAAUUUGUUGCUCUGAACAAUAAAGCGACUCAAAAUAGAGUACUCAACUUCCUCAAAUCGGUGCCUGUUACGGACCAAUACAAACUUCCGUUUUAUGCCAGGUUUAUCGCCACAUUGGAUCCCUUCUGCAAACCUAUUUCAACUGGAGUUAUCGAAUACCUUGAUAGCUUUUUCAGAUAUUUGCAACGUCACCGUAAAGUCAGAGCAUUAACUUCAAGAAGGAUGUUUAUCAUUCGAUAUCUGGGCGAACUGAUUAAGUUUGGAAUUGUUCCUAAACAUGUAAUCUUUCAUAAGUUGAAAAUCAUGAUUGCUCACUUAGAUGCUGUAAAUGUGGAAAAUAUUUUCACUAUGUUUGAAUGUUGUGGUAGAUAUCUUAUAAGGAAGCCAGACACGCAUGCUCUUAUGUCAAAGAUGAUGCAAGUUCUGGAAUUCCAGAAAGAUAAGAAGUUUUUCCCUGCCGAAAUCAAGGCAAUGAUCAAUGGUGCAAUUUAUUAUGUCAACCCACCUCCGAAAGUCACAUUCCAAAAAGAACGUCCAGUGAUUGAACUGUACAUUCGUAAACUCAUUUAUUAUGAUCUUUCUAAGGAAACCAGCUCGGCGGUUCUUAUCCAACUUAAGAAAAUGGAUUGGAAUGAUAAAGAUACAUUCAAUUCUUUGCGCAAAGUUUUUACAAAAAUAUGGAAAGUAAAGUACGUCAAUAUUCCAUACAUGGCUUGGUUUCUUGCUUCCGUUACAUCCUCAUACCGAUCUUUUGUUGUUAUUAUUGUUGAUUCUUUGUUGGAGAAUAUUCGAAGGGGUCUUGAGACAAAUGAUUUCGAGUUCAAUCAGAAGAGAAUAUCAGAGGUUAGAUUCUUGGGCGAGUUAAGCAAGUACAGGCUUGCUCCAGAGGAUGUUAUCUACGAUGUAUUGUUCAUGCUGAUAUCUUUUGGCCAUCCCAAUGGUCGGCCUCGACCAGGCCAGUUCGUGUCCUUAGAUCCUCCAAACGAGUUCUUUAGAAUCAGACUGGUUUGUACUCUUCUUGAAAGUAAUGGUGUGUAUUCACGAAUUAACAAAGAUACAACUAAGUUCGACCUGCUGGUGAAGUUCUUUCAGUAUUACAUAUUCAGUAAGGACCCGAUGUCAAUGGACAUUGAGUUUCAAGUGAGAGACACCUUUGAACUACUUGGCGUGAAAUUUGCAGGUUCUAUAGAGGAGGCAUCCAAUGAGUUACAGCAUGCAUUAAAUGUGUACAAUGGGAUUGAGGCCAAAGAGUCUACCGUUACCAGUAGUGAUUCUCGGUCAACCAACGCACCAGAUUUAGAUGAACAGGCCGAAGCUGACCUUGCUGCGGAGUUAUUAGCCGUUACUGAAGGGCACUCAAGAGAUAAUUAUGAAAUAGUCAAGCCAGCGAAACCAGAAGAACCUAUUGAAACGGAAGAGGAGCGGUUGAUAAGAGAAGAGCAGCAGAGAAUAAAGAAUCUGGAGGCCAAGAGAAUAAAUGAUGCGAAGGCAGAUAUAAAAGCUAUGGCUCAAGUGGAAAGAGAGUUUCAAAAGCUGAUGAUCGAUCGGAUGGAUAGGAAAGCUGACGAAAAGACGACAGUGUUUGAUGCACCCGUUCCGUCAAUAAAAGAUAGCUAUGACAAUAAGCCGUCCCCAUCAGUUACCUCCAAUGGUUCGUCGGUUGGCUACAAGUUGCUUACCAAACGAGUAGGCAAGCCCCAAAUUGUUGAUGUCAAUGUUCCUGCCGAUUCUAAGUUUGCUGUUAACGUGGUAACCGAAAAAUCUCGUCUGAGAAAUGAGCAGGAAAAGAUUCGAGAUUUCGUUUUAAAUUAUGAAUACGAUCAAAAUAACGAACCAAGAUUGAGGAGGGUUAUACAGCCAGAGGUUCAGUCCACAAGAUAUUCUGGAUUGAAGCGUCCCACCAAACAUGCACCCACGCUUGACGAUGUCAAGUUUUAA